UUACCCAUGGAUCUAUACGGUCAUCUGCAUGGAUACCAGAGCAUCAAAAAGUUAUCGUAUAGCUGAGUCUAUUAUUCUUUAAAAAGAAGGCAUUUUAUUAUCAUGGCGUUUGCCUAUCACAUGGAGGCGUUGAGAAAACAGAGAAUAAUGGAUCGUAAACAUGCUGCUUUAGCUAGAAUAGCAAUUCUACAGGCUGAAGCGGAAAGAAAACAAAAAGAAGAUGAAGUACGCACAAGGCGCAUUAAGCAUGAACAGGAAGAAGCAAAGUCCAAAGAAAGAGAAAGAUAUCUGAACAGUAUGGGUCGCACAAGCAAGAGCAAGCAAGGAGUUAUUAAUGCUAAUUAUACUAGUAUGCUGGAAGACCAAAAGAUAAGAAUAGCACAGAAAGAUUUAAAACACCAAGAAAAAGUUUUACGUGAUCACUGCUUAGUAAUGGGCCAUGCCAAUGAGUACUUUCUAGCAUAAGGUUGUUAUAACCACAUCUCACUGUAAAAUAUCAUAUCAUAUAUCACUGUGAUUGCAAAGGUAUCACCCAUUUGUUUUCAUAGGUUUAGAUUUAAUUUUUUCAAUUUUGUUUUUCAUUAAUGCUAAUAAAAAAUAAUAAACAAUAUUGCUUGUAUUAUAAAA